CAACAUUGUAUUAGUACACAUUGCAAAUGUGGCGAUUCAUUUCUAAUUAAACUAGUUAGUUCUUCCAAUUAUAACAACAGCUAACGUUAUAGCUAGUAAUUUUACGAAUACUAAAAAAGUCUUGCGCGUCUUUUAUCAGACAUACGCCUCUCUGAAUGGUCAUUUUGAAAAUAUAAAUAAAGUUUUGCAGUUGAACAGUUUGCUGAACACUUCUGCAGCGGGCAUUGUGUUGGUUAGAUACGCCAACUUAGCAAGCUAGCAACCUGGCGAGGAAGUGUCAACUGUAGUGAAUGCGCCAUACAACGUUAGCCAGGAAACAUUAGUUGGGCUUUGCAGGAAAUUGAAGAGUAAUUCACAACAAAUUUGAGGGAAACAAAAAUCCAAAACAAACCACUGGUGAACAACUUGCUUUUCUACCAACUUCUAGAAGCACAUACAUUAUGGAGGAAGCAGAAGUGUCUGUGGAGGCAGAGAAGCCAGACAGCUAUACCGCCCAAGACUACGCGGCUCAGGCCAUGGCGGCAGACAUGGAUCCCUGGAUCGUAUUCGACGCACGGAAGACACCAAGGGCCGAGUUUGACCGCUGGCUAGAGUCCAACAGGCCCUCGCAGGUGUCUCGGUACGAGGGUGGUGAAGAGGAGGGUGGUCAGGGCCCGGUGGGUUGGAUAGCCGUGCUGGGCCCGGACCACUGCCCCCACAAGGGCGACGUGGCGGGCCUCCAAGAAAGCUGGGAACGCCUUCUGGCGAGCGGCCGCCCAGUCACCUUCCAAACGGUGAAGGAGCUGGCACUGAACCACAGCGUGCUCACCGGUAAGUGGCUGAUGCACUUGGAUAGCGGCUUCAAGGUGGACCAUGCCUGGGAGUGCGUGGCCCGAGCCGUUCUCGAGGGUAAGAUCUCCAUGGCAAAGGUGAGCCCGCGCGAUCCAAAACCCGACAGCAAGCACAUCAUCUGCGUCUACAAUCAGUCUUUCGCAGAAGAGGACCAGGUCAUGAGGCUGGAUGCAGUCAUUAGAGCCACUGGGGUGAAGUGCGGGCUGUCUUACAAGCCCGACGUCUACACCUACCUGGGAAUUUACCGGAACAACUGUUGGAAGAUUUGCCCCACUAUCUACGAGAGCAAGUUCAAUCUGGAGUGUGUGCCAAGACGCUCCCACAUCAUUAACAAAGUCACCAACCUGGAGGUAACGUAACCUAGACAGCUGAAGGAAAAGCUUGUGGCGAAUGCCCUCUCUUAACACUGGCAAAAAGACAGCAUUCCUGACUUCAGCAUUGGCUGUCUCUUGCAAUUAUUGACACUUUCUUGUGCAAAGCAGACAGCAUGUGGUUCGCUGACUAGUCAUGAGCACUUCAGUUUCAAGCUUGGAAAAGCUUGGUUAUCAGUCGUUUUUUUUUCAUUGAUUCAUAAAGAGCAACAAAAUGUUGCCACAGACGAAAGAAAUUUGUUUGUGGAUCAGAACAUUUUGUUGUUGCAUUUUCUUUUUUUCAGUGCAGUUGAAUGCAAGUUUCUUCCGAGGUGUGGAGAAACAGUUCUUAGCGGUUACUUGCCAUAUCUUCCCUUGUUUAUGUUUGUUGUAAAAAACAAACAAAAACAAAGACACUGCCCCAACCCAGAUUUUGAACCCUUUGGUUUGUAACGAGUUGGAAUGUUCUAUGUUUUGUAAAAGAGUUCACAAUUUGAAUGCAAGUUUUGUGCUGCUUGAAGAUUUAGUUGUAACAAGUUUGUGUAUAGUACACAUCUGCCAAAAUGAAAGUUUCCAUAAUUUUGACAUCCACAAGAUAUGAAAAAUAAACCAUAUCAGGAAUACUUAAA